GGGAUGUCCAGGUAGCUAAUCCGGCUAGGAGGGCGGAGCGUUUUGUCAGCGACGUGUCUAAGUGGGCUGAGUGGACAGUCACGUGGUGAGCUGUAGUUCAUGAAGCGGAUAUUUGUUGCGAAAGGUGGGCAAAAGAUUCAGACUGUCCGGGAAGGCAAAGAUAACGCUGGGUGAAUAGAGGUACUGGCAGACCGAGGACUGGUGGCUAAGGAGGAAACGCAGGACGAAGCCUAGAGGGUGGGAGGAAGCCAGCGUAAAGACAGAGCUGUAGAUAAGUGCCCGCAGUCCAUUGUCCAGCUUGAGUCCUACUUGCCUGCGAGAUCCCCUUGCGGUCGUGCAGGACCCUCGAGUGGGUGGCCCCUUCCUUUUAGAGGCCAUGGUGAGUGGGGGUCUAGAAGUAAGAGACAAAGGAAUGGGGUACCAAGAAGAGCCUGAGCUGUUGCAGGGGGUAAAGCCAGAAUUUGUGGACCCAGAGACACCCAAUGGAUCUGCCCCAGGUUCAGUCCCAGAGGUUCGCCUGACGUGGCGCCGCUGGGUAAUUGUAUUCCUCUUUAGCUCGUAUUCCUUCUGCAAUGCCUUCCAGUGGAUCCAGUACGGCAGCAUCAAUCUCAUCUUUGCCAAUUUUUAUGAAGUGACUCCUUUUGCUAUUGACUGGCUCUCAAUGUGCUACAUGAUCAUCUACAUCCCCUUCCUUUUCCCUGUGGCAUGGCUCCUUGACAGGAAGGGUCUGCGCCUCAUUGCCCUGGCUGGCUCAGCCCUUAACUGCUUGGGGGCCUGGGUGAAGGUAGGCAGUAUGCAACCCCACCUCUUCCCAGUCACAGUCACGGGCCAAGUCAUCUGCUCUUUGGCCCAAGUUUUCAUCCUGGGCAUGCCCUCCCGCAUUGCUUCUGUCUGGUUUGGAUCCCGUGAGGUCUCCAGUGCAUGUUCAAUUGCUGUCUUUGGCAACCAGCUUGGCAUUGCUGUGGGGUUCCUCCUCCCUCCAGUUUUGGUUCCCAAUGUGCGGGAUAAGGAGAAGCUAUCCUACCACAUAAGCAUAAUGUUCUUUAUGACUGCGGCUGUGGCAUCAUUACUCUUCGUCUUGGUUAUCCUUGUGUUUCGGGAAAAGCCACAGUAUCCUCCAAGUCGGGCCCAGGCCUUGAUCCACACAGCAGAAUCUGAAGACAAUGCUUAUCUGCGAUCUAUUGGGCGUCUGUUUCGCAAUGUCAACUUUGUGCUUUUGGUAGCCAGUUAUGGCUUGAAUGCAGGCUGCUUCUAUGCUCUUUCAACUCUGUUAAACCGCAUGGUGAUGAUGCAUUAUCCAGGAGAAGACUUGAAUGCUGGCAGAAUUGGUCUGACACUUGUACUAGCUGGCAUGGUUGGAGCUUUAAUUUCAGGCAUCUGGCUGGAUAGAACAAAAACAUACAAGCAGACAACAUUGUUGGUUUACGUCAUGUCACUUGUGGGCAUGGUGGUUUAUACUUUCACCCUGGACCUUGGCUACAUCUGGGUGGUCUUUGUGACUGCAGGCUCCCUGGGGUUUUUCAUGACGGGUUACUUACCAUUGGGCUUUGAAUAUGCUGCAGAGUUAACAUACCCAGAGUCAGAAGGGACGUCAUCAGGCCUUCUUAAUGUAUCUGCACAAAUCUUUGGAAUUAUUUUCACCAUCAGCCAAGGACAGAUCAUUGAUAACUUUGGGACCCGAGCAGGAAACCUCUUCCUCUGUGCCUUCCUGUCCCUUGGCACUGUUAUAACUGUGUUCAUCAAAGCUGAUCUCCGGAGACAAAAUGCCAAUCUGGAUAGCGAACAGACUAAGACUCUGGGAGAGGUACCUCAGACCUGCAUUGUACAACAGUAUGAGGAAUCAAAAUUCUGAAGGGCUGAGCAUCAGAGGUAGCAGAUGUGAUUGCCACCACCUUCCAUUCUCAUUUACAGCUGUGUUUCCCACCAUACGUACUAAGUGGCCUGGCAUUCACAGCCAAUCCAGAAAGUUGCUUAUGUUGCUGAUGGAAGGAAUAUGUGGGACCUGUCCCCUUCACUUGAGCCAGCUCCAUUAGGAAUCAUUGUGGCAUUAGGAAUCAUUGCCUGUUGGAAAAGAACUGAUGGAAGCAGUUGACUUGCGUUGUGGGCUUCCAUCAUAUUCAGCAUGGAAUCAGAACUACCAUCUGUGCAUCCUUUUACUGGGUCUACUGGAAAAAGUAAAUCUGAAGGAUGAGACACCAUUUGGAUCCAGAGGAAGAUCCUUGCUCCUUAGGGAGAACCAGAAAGAACGUGCUCCGUGAGCAGCCAUACUUAAAACCAAGCCCUUGAGUGGCAAGUGAGCUUGUACCCAACAACUGAGAGAAUGGGGAAGUUGUCCAAGGCUUCUGGCCUUUUCCACAUUUCCAGUUAGUAGAAUAUUUAUUUUUAUAACCUCAGUCAAAAUGUUUUUUAAAAAAUUAACAGAUAACAGUUUUGCAACAUGAAUAUUUUAGAACAAUUAUGGUCAUAUUCUUAAAAUGUUCCAUGAUAACAAAUUUUUAAACAAGUACUUGAGAAGCACCAGCAUAUAUGAUUGGUAAGGUUGGGUGUGUUGUUGCUAGCAGGAGUAGGCUUGCUUGUGGGCAGAUAGGGAAAACAUGGACAUUUCGUGAAAAUUCAUUCUCUAUCAUGGGAGGAAAACUAACCCAGCUUAACUUGUGGACCAAAAAAAUGGAAGUGUUUGCAUUUUGAGAGUUGUGUAAGGCAAAUAUAUAUUAAAAAUAUGCACAUGUGCACACAUAUCCUGCUCUUUAAGAAAUGUUAGGAUAGUUUCCAACCAGAAUAAGGAGAAUUGUUCCUUUUUAAUAUAGUGCAAUCACACAACUCCUUUUGUCAGAUUGCUGAACAAGUGCAAUAUAAUGGAUGGUGCCUGGUAUUUAUUAAGUCCACUAUAAGUUCAGACAAAGAUAUGUAGCUCUUUAGCUUGGAAGCCCUAUAUGAUGAAAAUUGCAUUUUUGUGUCUGAAAACCUUUCAAAUGGAAUCAUGUGAGAGGCCACCAGCAUUUUCAGAUUCUAGUAUAAACAAGAAUAAAUCUUUCUACAGCA